AUGUAUUCAUUAAAAAAUCAAAUUAUACCUACUUUAAAAAGAUCAGUCAAUUCAAAACAAUCAAUACCAUCAAUUGCUUCACAAAUCUCGACUUUCAAAUCAAUAUCUAGACCAUUAACCACCAACUACAUUUCCCCAAAAUUCUUUUCAACUAAAUCAUCACCAUCAUCAUUAUUACAACCAUUCACUACUUCAAAAAGAUCAUAUAGUGUAUUAACAGAAUCACCAGAAGCUAAAAUCUACAAAUACGAAGACGUUAAAAAAAUCACUCAAAACCCAGAAGCAUACCCAGAUUCAAUCUUAAUCGAUGUAAGAGAACCAGUUGAAUUCAGUGAUGGUCAUAUUCCAGGUGCAAUAAAUAUUCCAUUCAAAUCAUCUCCCGGUGCAUUAGAUUUAAAUGAUGAUGAUUUUCAAGAAAAUUUUGGAUUUUCAAAACCAGAAGAAGAUAAAGAAUUAGUAUUUUAUUGUCUUGGUGGUGUUAGAUCUACUGCAGCUGAAGAAUUAGCAAGUACUUUUGGUUAUAAAAAAAGAGGUAAUUAUUUGGGUAGUUAUGAGGAUUGGCAAUCUCAUGAAAAUAAAAGUAACUUAUAA